GCCAUAAAUUCCGCGCGAAAAUGCUCAUCCUCCAUUUAAAUCUCAACACAAUUGAAAAAAACACUGAAUUUGUUCCCUUCCGAUCGAAGUUUUGACAGAGCGCUCACCGUCAUAAUGGGUGGAAAAUGCACAAAUUGACUUUUCAAAACCUCGAAAUCUGUUCUCCUCUUCGCAUUAUUAAACUCCAUGGGCGUUCCUGGAAUCUCGCUCUCACUUGGAGCUGCUAUUCUCCUUCAAAUGAGGCCACAGCGUCUCUCUAUCUCUCUCUCUCUCUCCUUACAGCUUCCAUAGAAUCCACGCGUCUCUCUUCUUUAUCUCUCUCUUUCUUCUCGCUUCUUGUUCAGGUUUCCUGUUUCGCUUUGCGUGUGCUCCGAAAAGGUUUGUGGUUUCAAAAUUUAUCGUUCUCUGUAUGAUUCCUUCUGCAGGCUGAUGCUUUUUGGUUUUGCUAACGGCGCGCAUUAUGGAUCGAGUUUUCUUAAUCGGUCGAGUAUCUGGUGCAUUUAUAUAUAUGUAUAUAUAUAUACAUUUUUAUGUUAGUUCCUGCUGCAGUGGAGGGAUUUGCUGAACUUCUCUGAUCAGUUGAAAAGUAGAAAGCGAAUAUCCUCUGUGGAAAUAUAAGCUUUACGUCGUUGGAACUCGUUUUGGUUGGCAGGCUUGUGAUGUCUGAUUUUAAGUUAAAUUCAAUUAUUUCCCAAGACCCCAAGGAACCUGCAGAUUUGAGCUUUUUGGGUGAUGAAAGGGACAAUGCGGUUUACAAAAUUCUUGAUCAUAUUCGCAAUCAAAACAAUGGCUUCAUAAGCAACAUUUCAAAAAAUGUUGAGCGUAGAGGUUUGAGCGACAGGUUUUUCAGACAAAAUCCAGCAGCUUCUCUUCUUGCUGGCCGAGAUGAAAAGCGGGAGCAUAGAUCAGGUCUAUCAGGAAGAAGAUCUGGAGCAUUUUUGUCUGGGGCGGCUUACUGUGUCUCUUCUUGCAGCAUGAUACUAUCCACCUGCUUUUUUUAUAUUUUUUAUGCAUUUUUCUUUUUCAGUUUGAAGUACAUAAAUAUUGCAAUGGUGACCAUUCUGAAGAAUAUGACGAAUAUUUUAACAGCACUUGGAGAAAUAUAUAUGUUCCAGAAACGUCAGAACCAGAAAGUUUGGACUGCCAUGUUUAUGAUGAUUAUCUCUGCUAUCAGUGGUGGUGCCACAGAUCUAUCUUUUGAUGCAACAGGUUAUGCAUGGCAGAUUACAAAUUGUGUUUUGACAGCACUUUACUCGCUCACUCUUCGGAAAGUUAUGGACAAAGCAAAGCAAUUAACAAAAUCAGGAUCUCUCAAUGAAAUAUCAAUGGUGUUACUGAAUAAUUUGUUGUCUCUACCUCUUGCCAUCUUCUUGAUUCUCUUAUUCGGUGAAUUAGAUUAUGUAAUUAGUUUGGAAGUAAUCAGAUUGCCAAUGUUUUGGAUAGUAGCAACAGCAAGUGGACUGCUUGGGCUUGCUAUUAGCUUUACUUCUAUGUGGUUUUUGCAUCAGACAGGCCCCACCACAUACAGUCUGGUAGGUUCCUUAAACAAGGUUCCCAUCUCCAUUGCCGGUCUCGUGUUGUUCAAGGUUCCGCUCAGUCUGCCAAACAUGUUCAGCAUACUCUUUGGUCUGUUAGCUGGAAUGCUCUUUGCCAGAGCUAAAAUGUGAUAAUGGAUGCAAUGUUGGUGAAUGGAAUACUCUUGUUCACAUCAAAUUUGAACAGCAGUCUGCCCCUUUUGAUAAGUUCAUUUCCCUUUCCUAGAAAACAAAUUUGAUUGAUCAGAUUAUAUACAUACAUAUAUAUACGUGUUGAUGUCACUGCAGAUUGAUUACACUUGGUCGUUAUUUUUCCAUUAAGAAAAAGAGGAGAAGUGGAAAAUACAGGGGAAUUAAGUAUACUUAUCUUGUCCAGCCUUACUUAUAAUUUUCUUUUUAUCAUUUUGUAAUCAGACUGUAGAUUUAUAAUUCCAAAAGUUUGAUGCUAUUAGAGAUGACGAGACAGUUUAUGGCGGUGUAAA